CUAUUUGCUAAGCGGAGUGUUUAGACUUUAGACAUUAGAGCCGUUUGAGCCUGGAGGUCAUGGAGAAGAAGCCGCUUCCAUGGCUGAACAUGAUCGUCUCAGAGCCAUUCUACCUUUCUCACUUUCUCCUGUUCUUCUCCUAUUUUGUUGUUCGCAGCUCCGCGUCUCAAGUCCUUUCGACUGAAACUCUCUCUCGUCUCCUUCGUUGGGAAAUUCAAGCAACAUUGGCGAUUUCAGUUUAUACUCUCGUUAAGAUGGUCAAAGAGGAGAGUUGGGAAGCUUUCUUUGCUGAUACUCUGUUUUAUGCAAAGGGUUUACUUCUCGGAGUUGCUUUGAUCAUGGACUACCGCUUAGCUUUCUGUUACUUCGUGGGAUUCUUAGUCCUGUUUGUUUCAAGUCAGCAACCAGCUUAUGAUGGAUUAGGUAAUUCAGUCCAGUUGACACCAUUACAGUUGGAAACUUUGUUGACCGAAGGAAGCAGAUCAAGAUUCUGGCUGGUUGAAUUUCGAGCUUUGUGUACUCCUACUUGCAUACGUUCAAGUCGGUUGCUUCCCGAACUCUCUAUUACAUACUCAAACAAGAAUUUCUGUUUUGGUAUAGUGGAUCUUGGGCUCUUCCCAAAUGCAGCAGAAAAAUUUGGAAUAUCUUUGGGAGUGGGCAUGGGCAUGGGCCAACUUCCGACAUAUAUAUUAUUUGACAAUGCAGUUGAGGUUGCACGCUUUCCAGACGUGGACUUUGAAGCAAAAGCUUCUCGUACACCCAUUACUAAGAGAUUUCUCUCUCGACAUUUCGAGCUUGAUCGGCACCUUGUCGAGUAUUUACAUGGUAAAUAAGUUCUACUAACUGUAUAUUUCCAAGUUUUUGCAUCUUUAAAUUGUUUUCUACAUUAAUGGGGGGUUUCUUCCUCUUUAGGCUAAAAGAUAUUAGGGGAUUGAAGUGAUGCAGUUAUUUAUGCGUGUACACUAACAAUGGUGAGAAACUAGGUCAGUCACUCUAUAAAUCCUGUCACCAGGUAAAAAGGGAACCCCGAGAGAAUUUUUUUUUUUGGGGGGGGGUGUUUGGAGGUGAGCCUCGGACAAUUGAAAAUUGAUGAAGGGAAUAGCAAUUUAUAUCUAUG